GAACACAACUUCGAUGUCAGAACUACAAAGCUUUGGUUUGACUAUACCAAGGCGGUUGCAACAAGACAAGCAGGCUUUCGUUGGAGCUUUUGUAGUCGAACAUCAGGAUAAAUGAAAUUCAGAGCCGGGAUGAAUCACGCUAAAUAUAGCGAUCUGAGAGAGGCAAGCAUGCCAGAUUCCCCAACUGAUACAGCUGCACAUCCUCCAAAUGGACCCCCUGUGUCUUCACCAACGUCUAAUUCGUCAGCACCAAUAGUUGCUGAUGUACGGUCAAUAUCCAAUGCAACAUCUCCAGUAGUGAAUGGGAUCCAUUCAAGUCCUACUGGUCCAAUAUCACCUACAGGUAUUGGUAACUCCCUCAAUCAGCUUCCACCUGCAUGUGGUGCAAGGCAGUUAAGCAAACUGAAAAGGUUUCUCACUACUCUAAUGCAGUUUGGCUCAGAUAUAUCACCAGAGAUUGGUGAGCGUGUACGAGGACUUGUUAUGAACCUUGUGAACUCUACAAUAUCGAUAGAGGAAUUUCAUACCCAGCUACAAGAAGCCACCAACUUUCCACUCAGACCUUUUGUCAUACCCUUUCUCAAGGCUAAUCUUCCUCUGUUACAACGUGAACUACUACAAUGUGCACAAAUGGCCAAACAGACACCACAACAAUACCUUCAUCAGCAUGAACAGAUCCUACAUGAGAGAGAUGGACCACCAUUGGACACUGAUGAAUUAACUCCUUUAGAAGUCAGUGAAAGUGGCAAAAGAAAAGCACCCAGCGAGAGUAGAGAAAGGCCACAAGAUUUGCUAAAUCGACCCAAAGAAAAUGGUGUCCCUGAAUUAUCCAUGCCAACAACACCAACCUUCAUAAACCAGGUCAACUGCGUAUGGAGGAUCUCACAAUGCCAUUAGCUGGCAGUUCACGUGAAGCUGAAGCAACAGACACWAUCAACAUGUUAGAYGGUAAACAUGAUGCUAUGAUGGAUGACUGGAGGCAUGUUGACACGAUGCUACAGUGUAUAAUAGGCAUGGUAGAUAAGACAAAGAGAGCUGUGUCAGUUUUACAGCAAAGAUGUCAACAGGACCGAGAAGAGCUUCUGACAUGGGCAAGAAAAACAGCCGAUGAAACUGAGAUGGAAAUCAAACGACGAACAGGGGAACUGAUGGCAAAAACAAUCAAACAAACUGAAGAGCGCGUGUCGGAGGUUAAACGUCGGGCUGAAGAAGCUGUUAGUGAUGUGAAAAGACAAGCAGUAAUUGAGCUUCAGAAAGCCGUUCGAGCUGCCGAAGAGAAAGCAAAUGAAGCAGUUGCUGGUGCUCAUGUCAAGAUGGAAAAAGCUGUGUUAGAAGCACGACGUGCRGCCACUGAAGAAACUAUUGCCAACAGUAAUGUGCAAACAGAUUCUAACGAGAGCUGCUGGAAUUGUGGUCGCAAGGCUACAGAGACGUGUAGCGGCUGUAAUGUUGCUCGAUAUUGUGGCUCGUUUUGUCAACAUAAAGAUUGGGAAAAUCAUCAUCAUGUUUGUGGUCAGCAAGCAUCUGGUGGGAACAAUGAAAGCCCUUUAUCCAAUCCACACACAGCUACUACAGGAUCACCUAAAGAUUCCAGCAGAUCUAAUAGUCCCGCUGCUACUUCUAAGCUCUCUACUCCUACCACCUCUUCCGACCCUAUUACGUCACUUAGCGAUUACGUGAUGAAAACKCCUUCAACUUGA